AGAAUACUUUGGGGAAUUACCUGCAAGCCAACUAUCAUACAUUGCAGGCCAAAGGAGCUUACUGCAUCAUGAAGUGGACGAAUGUCCAUAUUUGGCUCGGUGUAGGGACGCUACUCGCGGGACGGGAAUCCAGCACCGUACACGCCGAGUCGCACGAGCACCGUUCCCGGAAGCUCGCAGUAGCCGUUGCGUCUCGUGUCUUGCAGAAGUCAGUGAACGACUUUGUGACGAAUUCAAUUGCGCGACCGCAGCAGUUGAACUUGCCGCCCCAGAUGCAGCAGCAAUCGCCGUUGCAUCUCCACAGAACUUUAGAAGAUGGAUCCAAUGUAGAAUGCGAUGCUGCCUUUAUGGAGUGUAUUCUCAACGACAAGUGCGUAGAGUGCUUUCUGAAAAUGCAAACGGAAGGGAUCGAUUGGGCGUUCGUCACCAAAGAAACGCCGUGCGAUUCGGUCUUGGAGACGCUCUACGACAAAACGUUUUGUCUCAAUCAGCGUGGUGAUGAAGCCGCUGAGGGAAUCUUUUGUAGUACGUUUGCUGCUUGUGUGGAUACAACACAGGAAGUCCCAGAAGAGGACGACAAAACGAUUGAUUGCAGCAAGCUUACUAAAUGUGAUUGGCCCGGAAUCCAUCUUAGCUUUUUGGGGGAUGGUGUGUGUCACGAGAAUCUGGAGGGUUGCUACAAUACAGCCGUUUGUAAUUACGAUGGGGGCGACUGCUGCGACGACACUUGUUCGACCGACAGCGACUACAAAAAAUGUGGACAAGAUGGGUUUUCGUGCAAGGACCCUAGUAGUGCCAAAUGUGACUCCUCUCUUACCACGGGCUGUCCGAUAAGCGACGACGACGAUGGCGCGUUCCCUUUACCACCCCAGUGCUCUGAUUCCCAAGCGAUUUAUCGUUUGGUCAUGUACGAUUCCUUUGGCGAUGGCUGGGACGAGACAGUUCUCACAAUUCGGGAUGCUGAUACCAGACGUAGUGUUUACACCGGAUCUUUGCAGGAAGGGUCACAGGGGACUCAACUUAUCUGCCUCAGUCGCUAUGCCCAGUGCUAUCACGUCGAUGUCAACGGUGGCACCUGGGGCAACGAAGUCUCGUGGGAAGUCAAGCCCUACACAGAUGGUACUCCGGCCUUGGCUGGUGGAAGCUCGCCUAUGAGUUGCGACUUUUCCGUCUCUGGAGGCAAAUGUGAAAAAACAUGCACCGGACGACCCAAUAUUCGUCCCGCAGACGAUCCAGAGUACAAAGAAUUCAAGGAAAUGUAUACUUGCAUCAACGAAAAGUGUCCGAUUCAGGUAGGGGCAUGUCAGAAGGACGAAGCUUGCAGCAACUGUUUUGUGGAAGAGGCUCCCGAUUACUGUUUUGGCAUUGACACAUUUAAUGCGGUAGUCGAUUGUACCUUGUGCAAGUGUAGUGGAGUCAAAGAUAGUGAUUUCUGCGACAAGAAAGCGUCCCCAGGUAUAAUCAUCCCGGAUGCAGACGCCAAGCCCGGUGGAGAUUCUGUCAAGAAACCCUGCACACCAGCUGAGACACUCAAAGGUGGGCAAUCUGUAAUAAAGUUUAGCCAGUGCACUGAUUUGGAUCAAGUUGGUAUGAUGGUAACCGAUUUCGAUCAAAGCAACUUUGGGGAUUUGGAUGUGUUCGAAAUGUGCGCACAUUCGUUCAACAAGGAUGUCAACCAUGGUGGACGCACGGCACAAGGAUGUAUGCAAAUUCUUGCCAACACCAUGAAUACUGCCGCGAGAGACUCGAAUUCCUCGGAGGAUCAACGCACUACAGCAAUUGCUGCCUUGGCCAAAUUCCUGUACACAGACGCGAAGAGUUUUUGCGAUUGCGCAAAAGAUGCUUCUGAUAAUUGCCCUCUCUGUCCUUCAUUCGCCAAUUUCAAGACUCUCUUAUACGAGUCACUAGAUGCAUGUCAAUCUUUGGACGAGAUCGACUGCGACGCUUGGGACGAGUUUCAAAAACCGUGUAAGCAGAAUCUACAGUCCACGUUUGGAACGAUCGAUUUCACGAAGGAGGAACAGUGUGAUUUUGUCCAUGAUAAUAGCUGCGGUGGCGCUGGUCCAUUUCCAGCCUUUCGUCGACUUGAUUGCGGAGACGAGCUGGAAUCUACUGUUUGGAACUUCUACCUUGACUUUGCCAAAGGCUGUUUAAGCGAUGCCCCGCCGACCCCUGUAAGCCCAACUCCGUCACCAGUGACUCCGCGGACCGCCGUCCCCGUUGCACCAGCUCCAACGCCGGUCAAUCCUUCACCCUACGAUCCAUCUCCUGCGCAGCCGUCGGACAACAAAAAGCCAUAUGUGCCUCCAGAGGAACGUGACAAGAAAAAGUCGAAAGACGCCAAACCCGACGACACGAGCAGUAAGAAGAAAUCGCACUGGUUCCGAAAUCUUUUCAUUCUUUGUUUGCUCUGUGGAGGAGGUUAUUACUACUACAAACGCCGAUCAGAGUUUAGCUUCGUUCGCUACCGCCGGGCUCGGAACUUUGGCGGCGACGAAGAUGGCGUGUACAGCGGUCUCACAAUGGAAAGCUCCACAUCAUUCGAGCCGCCGUCAUUGCCACCAACUCCUGCUGCCAUGGGCAACUACACAUAACUAAAAAACAUUGCAUAUCC